ACGUCCAGAAGAAAUUACUUACAUAAAAAAGCGAUAUUUAGUUCAUAUUAUCUCUUGAAGAAAAACACUUAAAUUUGAAUUUAUUCCUACUAUUCACAGUAGAGAUCGAAAUAACAAUAGUUAAUACUCGAUAAUCGAUUGUUUUGUGUUUUCCCGUUAUUGAAAAAAACAUUUUCUUUUUCUUUUUUAGACAUCAAAAAAAGGUCUUAAUAUUCGUUCGAAGUUAUUAAAAGUUAUAUUUGAAUUAGGCGAUGAAAACGAACGAAAAAUUGAAAAGCAAAUUCCACCAUCCACGACAAUAGCAAAAUUAAAAACACUUGUUCGAAGAUUAUAUUCAUCACAAUUAACCAAUGAUAUACAAAUAAAUUUAUUUGUUCUUAUUGAUCAAAAUCAUAGAGAAUUAAUGUCAAAUGAUUAUCAAGAUAUUGAUUUUUAUUUAGGAAAUCAUUGUUUAAGUCAAACGAAUGAUCGACCAUCAAUUAUCAGAAUAGAAACUAUUACAUAA